AAGUUGCCAUUUCCUUCCCGAGGGGUUUCUCAGUUUCUCUCCACUUGCUGAUGAUGGACGAGGAGAUGCCAGAUGCUAUGGAGGACGACUAUGAUGAGGAAAUGGGUGACGACGAGCCUGAUGAGCUCCCAGAAGGGAUCACAAAAGAGAUCCUCACGGCCGCACCAGAGUCGGAGUGGCGGAUGCCCAAGAAGGGUGAUGACGUGAAGGUUCACUAUGUGGGCACCUUGCAAACUGAUGGGAGCAAGUUCGACUCUUCUAGAGAUCGGGGUCAGCCUUUUGAAUUCAACCUUGGAAGUGGACAAGUCAUUAGAGGCUGGGACCUGGGUGUGAAGACCAUGAAAAAAGGCGAAGUCGCAAAGUUCACCCUUGCUCCAGAUUUUGCAUACGGUGAGGAAGGCUCGCCACCAAAGAUCCCACCCAAGGCAACUUUAGUUUUUGAAGUGGAACUGCUUGGCUGGGUGUCCAAAGAUGACCUUUUUGGGGAUGAAGGUGCCAUCAAGACGCAGCUGAAGGAAGGCUCUGGCUGGAGGACACCCAACGAUGGCAAGGAGGUCCUCCUGAGCCUCAAAGCAAAGGCCCCUGAUGAUACAGUUGUGGAGGAGAAGUCGCAGAUCGAAUACGUGUUGUCCUCUGAUGCCCUUGGCGAGUUGGGCAAGGUUGUAGAUAAGGUUCUGCUGAACAUGAAGAAAGAUGAAGAGGUGGCGGUGAAGUGCACCAAGGACUAUUUCCUUGGAGACAAAUACCCAGAGGGUGGCACAGUUGAGGUCACGUUGCAUGAAAUGUACGACGUGAAGGACGUUUCCUUCGCCAAAGACAAGCUACUUGCAGUGCACAAUAAAGGCAUGGCAAUGGGUUGCUUGAUGUUGCUUGUGUCCUUCCAUUGCGCAAGCCUUACCCUGAUCUCUAAAGUGUGUCCGACAGUAUGUCCCUCCCGGGCAAGUCAACCUUUGCUCGGAACGGGUUCUUGGGCACCCGUGAAAAGCCCAGUGGUUGGGAGAAGUGAUAUGGUAGUGGCUUCUUCCUGUGGGAGGAAUACCAAUCUUAGGUCCACGAUGAAGAAGCAGAUAAAGGAAGGAGAAGGCUAUGAGUCGCCGAAGGAUGGUUGCAAAGUGACCUUAAAGGUUGAAGUUGCAGGAGCAUCAAAGACGCUGGAGUUUACAGCCGGCAACGGUGAAGUCUGCGAUGCGCUGGAAGGAGCAGUCCUGGAGAUGAAGCAAGGAGAACGCGCUGUUCUGACCUGCACCAGGGCCAGCAGCUGCACGGAGCCGCAGCUGGGCCUCACUCCGGACGGAGAGACCAUCAUGACGCUGGAGUUGGUGGAGUUUGAGAAACAGAAGGACCAGUGGGAGAUCAGCGAAGAGGAGAAGGUCCAAAGAGGCCAAGAACGGAAAGACGUCGGUAGCAAUCUCUUUAAGCAGGGCCGCAUUGAGUUGGCUUUGGAAAGAUACAAGAAGGUCAUGGACCUUUUCAACUACAUUGACAACUUCAAGGAAGAAAAUAAAACCAAGGCCAAAGAGCUCAAGAAGCUCUGCGACUUGAACAAGGCUGCGUGUCAUUUGAAGUUGAAGCAGCACCAAGAUGCGAAGAGGUGCUGCAACAAUGUGCUCAAGGAAGAGGGUGAACACUUGAAGGCACUCUUCCGAAGAGCACAAGCAGCUUUCGGCCUUUACGAAUACUCUGACUGCAUGCGCGACAUCAAGCGCAUCUUGGAGCUGGAUCCAAGUAAUCGUGAAGCCAAAGCUCUUUACAAACAGGCCCAAAUUGGGCAGAAGGAGGAGGACAAGAAGGUGAAGGGCAUGUUUACAAAAAUGUGCAAAGGACUUUCUUCACCUGCGCCAGCCAAGGAAUCAAAGGAGACCGCACCGAAGGAGGACAUGGAUGAAUGAGAUGAGGGCCGACUUAGGGCUUCAGCUGCUUCAGCUCUCGGGCAAUUUUGGCUUGGUCCAAAGAUGGAACGCAAGGAUAGGAUGGUGAGACUGUGACGGGCC